AUUCUUGGCUGUCGGUACUAUUCAGCAUCUAAUAAAGUGUAUUUUUUCAUCUCAGAGGAAAGGGUGGUGUGCCUUCAGCAAUUUAGGAAGAGUGUGUUGGAAUUGGAUGCAUUCCAAAACAUGGCCAUUGUUGGACAAUAAUAGGCUAUAUUGCAAAUACAGCCAAUGCGACUUCACCAGACUCAGAAAAUCACAAAACCGAUGAGGGGACCUACAGUUUCAGUGGACCCCUUGAACACUAUAACAGUCUAAUUCGAGAUGGGACACUGCGAGAGGACCAACAACAGAGAUUGGUGCUCCAACAUUUGGAUCAGAUGCAGAAAACCAUGCAUGCUUACACCAACAGGCCCACAUCAUUAUUUUCAAAGCUUUUCUCAAAGCCCAAGCCCCCGAAAGGCUUCUAUAUCUUCGGUGAUGUUGGAACAGGAAAGACCAUGGUUAUGGAUAUGUUUUAUACUUGCGUAGAAACUGAAAGGAAAAAGAGGGUCCAUUUUCAUGGGUUCAUGUUAGAUGUCCACCAACGAAUACACCGCCUAAAACAGAGCCUACCCAAGCGAAGAGCAGGGAAAAUGGCCAAAUCCUAUGACCCAAUUGCGCCCGUUGCUGUGGAGAUCAGUGAAGAGGCCUCCCUCCUGUGCUUCGAUGAGUUCCAGGUCACAGACAUUGCAGAUGCCAUGAUACUAAAGCAACUCUUUGAAAACCUCUUUCUGAAUGGGGUGGUAGUGGUGGCAACAUCCAACCGCCCCCCUGAUGAUCUGUACAAAAAUGGAUUGCAGCGGUCCAACUUUGUACCAUUCAUCGCCGUGCUAAAGAAAUAUUGCCAAACCCUGAGGCUGGACUCUGGGAUUGAUUACCGUAAAAGACAACUACCUGCAGCUGGGAAACUGUACUACCUUACAAGUGAGGCUGAUGUGGAGGCUACCUUGGAUAAGCUAUUUGAUGACAUGGCUCAGAAACAAAAUGACAUCACUCGAACAAGGAUUCUGAAGGUGCAAGGCCGGAAGCUGAUACUGAGCAAAGCAUGUGGGACAAUCGCGGACUGUACCUUUGAGGAGCUGUGUGAUCAGCCGCUGGGUGCCAGUGACUACUUGGAGAUUUCCCGCCUGUUUGACACAGUUUUCAUUCGGUACAUUCCACUCCUAACUCUGAACAAGAAGACCCAGGCCAGGCGCUUCAUAACCCUCAUCGACACCCUCUAUGACCACAAGGUUCGAGUUGUGAUCCUGGCUGAGACUUUGCUGGAGCACAUUUUUGUUCACGAUGAGAACGCAAAUGACGAUGAGCAUCACCGAAUUCUCAUGGACGACCUCGGUCUGUGCGGGGAAUCUGCAAGUGGACUGUCGAUCUUCAGUGGAGAGGAGGAAAUAUUUGCCUUCCAGAGGACUGUGUCCAGGCUGUCAGAGAUGCAGACAGAGAAGUACUGGACUGAAGGGGACAGAAGCACCAUGUAGCUCUGUGAAUGCCCACCUGCCCACCGGGCCACCGGCUUACUGCCCUGCUCCACCCCCCUAACCAGGGCAAUGGGAAGAACAGAAGCAGGAUGUUUAAUCAGUGUGAGAUAUUUAUAGCUUCUGAAUUUUAUGAUCUUAAUUUUCUCUGGCACUUCAUGAACUGGCCUUUUAAAGAAAUGUGUUCACUCCCUCAUUUCACUGGAGUUAGUGUUUUGUUAUGGGGAUACUGUGGUGUUUUUAUUUAUUUUUUAUUUUUUUUUAUGUUAUAUCUGAGGAAUGUUAUAUUUAUUGUUUCGAGGUCUUCCAUUUGCAACUUUGAAAAGCGCACACUCAUAUUUUUUAAAGCUAAAGAUGUAACCUCCAAGUAAAUCCAUGCUCGGUAGUCUCAAGAACUCCAAAUGAGGGGUUGCAAGUUCACCUGCCAGAGUUGAUAUGAUCUGCAAACUGGCUUUGUUAUCUCCAGAGGUAGAGUCGGUUGAUGUCCGCCAGGGUUGCUUGUGCAAUUGCUGCAGUUCUUCCGAACAUCAACGUGCCAGCUGCAAGCCAGUUGUCAGUGAAAGGAGCACUUUUCCUUCCGUCUGGGAAAAAUCAACCAGAGGUGUGGGGAUGACCACUCCAUUUUUGCUCAAAAUGUGUAUAACUAUUCUUUCUACUAUAUGUUCAAUAGAGAACAAUUUGAAGCAAUCAAAUUCUCUGGCAUUAAAGAACAGAAAACAUGUCUCUGACACUUUCAGGUUAUGAACUUUGUUCCAAAAUGCUAAAUCGUGCCUCUUGGAAAUCUACGACUUAUGACAUACAAACUUCUAAGACUAGUAGAUAUUUAGGUUUUUUUUGUGUGUACAACAGCCACAAGGAAAAUUAAGUGAAAUAUAUACUACUUGUAUUACAUAUAUAAUAUAUUAUAUAUAUCAAUUAUACAAUGCCAAAGUUGGGCCUAGCCAGAAAAUGACCAAAAAAGUGUUUCAUUUUGACCAAAGUAUUUUUUAAGGUGGAAAGAUUCUAAAUUAAGCUUUGUGUUGCACAACAGGUAUCAUAAGCCUACUUACAGAAUGUAAAGAAAUGUAGCUGUUACUGCUAUGUCUUGGCAUGUUUCGAUCAAUUCAAACAUAAUUCAAAAUAAAAAAAUAAUUUGAUGGCUUAGUACCCAAGUUUUGGUAUCCAAACAUAAAGUACUAGUAAAUAUCUUGGUUAAGCCAUAAGCCAUAAGCAAAAUUAAGUCAAAUAGAUCAUUUAUUCAAAAUUUGAAUGCCAAAGUUGGGCAUGGCCAGAAAAUGACCAAAAAGUGGUAGAUAUUCAACCAAGUAGACGGUAAGGUGAAACUUUUAUUUUCUUCAAAAGGUAUAAUAGGCC